ACAACAGAUUCUCGAGCAGCACUUGUAUUAUUAGUUUACAACAGGAAUAAAAUUUAUUUUUCGUGUAUCGCGGAAAAAAAUAUUCGAACGUUACAGCAUGUGGGGGACAAGGACGGUUGACGCGACGUUUUUUGGCGAUCGAGCGCGAGAAAUUGAAGCGCGAUAAACACUUCCGGAUAUUUUGAGAUGUAGAUGGCGUUGAAGGGGAGACGGAAGUGGGAACUACUUUGCCGCUUCGCGUGGCGUGGGCAACGACGCGACGAUCGUUGCACGGUCCGGCUAUAUAUAAGAGGCGAACGCCACACUUUUUUCGCUUCAGCAAGGGUAGAGUUGUGUUCCGUGUUGUGCGUUUGUUGUGUGCAUUUCCUUUUCCUCAGAAAUAAGCCACAUAACCUAUGCUCAUUCCGUGAAACUAACUCUCCUAGAAAAAAAAAACCCAAAAAAAAGUAAAAACUUGUGAAAAACGCAUUAAAAAAAUCGCAAAACUGUAGACGAAAACUGUCGUGGCCUCGGUGACAAAGGGAAAGGAAGUAAAGGAAGUGAGAGAGAACGCACACGAGGCAAAGAGUGUGAGCGACGCUGCUAUUCGCAGAGAAAGAGAGAGAGAGAGAGAGAGAAAAAGGAACGGACGAAGAAUCCAUCUGGAUAGCCACAGGCACGAAAAAAAAAGUGUAUCCACGCGCGCACGAGGUCGACGGAAACUGAGUAAAAGUAUACGAGGAAAACGUGCGAGGAGACCGCGUGAGAGAAACAGGGUCGAGACGAAGAAAAUCGAAGCGUGAUUGUCGCACGCGACGCGCGGGAGAACCUUGCUCCGCCGUCCCUCUCCUUCGAGCGCGAGAUACUCUACGACCGCCGCCAUGAAUCCUGGAGCGCCCAACUACCCCAUGGCCUCGCUCUACGUGGGCAAUCUGCACACCGACAUCACCGAGGCGAUGCUGUUCGAGAAGUUCUCAACAGCCGGGCCCGUGCUGUCGAUCCGCGUAUGUCGCGACAUGAUCACCCGCCGCUCGCUCGGCUACGCGUAUGUCAACUUUCAGCAACCGGCUGACGCCGAACGUGCCCUUGAUACCAUGAAUUUCGACAUUAUAAAAGGGCGGCCUAUUCGGAUUAUGUGGUCGCAGCGCGAUCCCUCCUUACGCAAAUCUGGUGUCGGAAAUGUAUUUAUCAAGAAUUUAGAUAAAAACAUAGACAAUAAAGCGAUGUAUGAUACAUUUUCGGCGUUCGGUAACAUACUCAGCUGCAAAGUUACACAAGACGAAUCGGGCGCGUCAAAAGGUUACGGCUUUGUUCAUUUUGAAACAGAAGAAGCGGCCAACAAAUCUAUCGAAAAGGUCAACGGAAUGUUAUUAAACGGCAAAAAGGUGUAUGUUGGAAAAUUUAUCCCGCGUAAGGAGCGCCAGAAAGAGUUGGGCGAGAAGGCCAAACUGUUCACGAACGUCUACGUGAAAAACUUUGGCGAGGAUAUCACCGACGACAAGCUGAAGGAGUUGUUCGAGAAGUACGGGACUAUUACAAGCCACAAAGUCAUGACCAAGGAAGAUGGCAAGCCACGUGGUUUUGGAUUUGUCGCUUUCGAGGACCCGAACUCUGCCGAGCAAGCAGUGCACGAUUUGAAUGGCAAGGAGAUCACCGAGGGCAAAUGCAUAUAUGUCGGACGAGCCCAGAAGAAAGCUGAACGCCAACAGGAGCUUAAACGGAAAUUCGAGCAGCUAAAGAUCGAACGCCUGAAUCGGUAUCAAGGCGUGAACUUAUACGUAAAGAAUCUAGACGACACGAUCGACGAUGAGCGUUUGCGUAAAGAAUUUACGCCAUUUGGCACGAUUACGUCCGCGAAGGUGAUGAUGGAUGAAGGACGUAGUAAAGGAUUCGGCUUCGUAUGUUUCUCGCAGCCAGAGGAGGCUACCAAGGCAGUUACCGAAAUGAAUGGACGUAUCGUAGGUUCCAAGCCCCUCUAUGUCGCUUUGGCACAACGUAAGGAAGAUCGCAAGGCGCAUCUUGCCUCGCAGUACAUGCAACGCAUGGCGAAUAUGCGCAUGCAACAAAUGGGUCAGAUAUUCCAUCAGCCCGGUAAUGCCGGGAGUUACUUUGUACCUACGCUGCCGCAGCCGCAGCGAUUUUAUGGACCCGCGCAGAUGGCACAAAUUCGUGCUACUCCACGCUGGCCGGCGCAACCAAAUCAAGUACGUCCGAACGCGCAAACUGGCGCGAAUUCUGGAUUCGCGUCGAUGCAAGCUGCACCAUUCCGAGCGGCGCCACGCGCUCCUGCCGCGCAAGCUGGCACCUUACGUAACAACAUGUCUGCCAGACCAAUCACAGGUCUGCAAACAGUUGGUGGUGCCAACUUGCAGAAUCGUUCCAUGGCCGGACCAACUGUUGGUGUCUCGCCCGGUCAGAGCCGUCCACCAAAUUACAAGUACACCGCAAACAUGCGCAACCCACCACAAGCGGCCAUGGCUCUACCCACUCCGAGUGGUCCUACUCUGCAGCAAGCAGUUCACAUUCAGGGUCAGGAACCGCUCACCGCGUCGAUGUUAGCCGCGGCACCACCACAGGAGCAAAAGCAAAUGCUGGGCGAACGAUUAUUCCCUCUGAUUCAAUGUAUGCAUCCGGAACUGACCGGAAAGAUUACCGGUAUGCUUUUGGAGAUUGAUAAUAGCGAACUGCUUCACAUGCUGGAGAAUAAGGAAGCCCUGAAGGCCAAGGUCGAGGAAGCCGUGGCCGUAUUACAGGCCCAUCAGGCUAAACAAGCGGUCGUGCCGAAAAAGGAAUAAGCAUCACGUCGAUAAUCUUUAUAAUAAAUAAAAAUAAAUUUCGAUAAAUUUUCAAUUUAAUUCGAUGUGUAUACGCGGUGUUAGCAUUUAGUUUUAUUUUUCUGAAUUUAUGCAGUUUAAUUAUGUGUCAGUAUAAUGUUUAUAUAACAGAUUUACUUUCCAAGAUACAACCGGUUUCGAGACGCUUGGAAAGCUGCAGGAAUGCAUGUUCUUUUUACAAUGUAAAACUUUAAGAAAGCAGUCACUUCAUAUUCGUUAUAUUAGAGUAUGGAGAAUUACAAAAAACGUUUUUUGAAUCAACAAUUAGGUUCGACUUGCGUUUGCUUACUAAGAGAAGCGGUAUGUGAAAAGAUUUCUAGAAUUUUAAGAUAAUAAAUUUUUCUUUCAAGAUAUGUACACAUA